AUGGUCUGCAGACAGCUUAGCUGUGGCAAAGUGCAUUCAACUAAAACCUACAUUCUGAAACCCCAGGAGAUGACGCCACGCUGGUUGCAGGAUCUCCAGUGCUGGGGCAAUGAGUCCUCAGUCUGGGAGUGUACUCUGGGGGUGUGGGGACCCCUGCAGGGCUGUGCCUGCCAAUGUGUGGCUGUGAUGAGCUGCUCAGGUGCCUUUCUACACAGAACCAGGCUGGGUGGUGGAGCCAGCCCCUGUGUGGGGCUCCCUGAGGUAACAAACCCAGACUUCUCUGUGCUGAGAUGUGACCUACACAAAGAGGAAGCCAGUGUCUUCUGCAAAGAGCUGGGGUGUGGCACUGUUCUUCAGUGGACCAGAGCUUACCUUGCAAGGGACUCGAGGAACCAAAGCCAGAAGGCUGUUAUCUGCCAGGGGACAGAGUCCAGUAUUUUGAAUUGCCAGCUCAAUUUGAACUUUCCUGGCCAGUGUGAACUCUUGGUGUACAUGGAAGUUGUGUGCUCUGGACACACUGAGUCCUGGCUGGUUGGUGGGCAGCACCCCUGUAUUGGGCCUCUGGAGGUGCGGUGUGGCCUGACCUGGGUCACCAUCUGUGAUGCUGACCUGGACCUGCCCAUGGCCAUGGCCCAAGUGGUCUGCAGGGAACUGCAGUGUGGCUCAGCUGUGUCCAUGCCUGGGGGUGCACACUUUGGCUAGGGCUCUGGGCCUGUCUGGACUGAGACCUUCCACUGUGUGGGCAACAAGUCCCUGCUGUUUCACUGUCCUCAGGGACCUGGACGCCAGGAGCCAUAUGAGCACAGGCACGAUGCCGGGCUCAGGUGCUCAGGGGAAAGGUUCUGGCUGGUGAACGGCAGCAGCAGCUGUGUGGGGCGAGUGGAGCUCCAGGUGCAGGGUGUCUGGGCACCUCUCUGUGCCACUCACUGGGAUUGAUCAGAUGCCAGUGUGCUCUGCCACCAGCUCCAUUGUGGCAAUGCAGUGGCCAUAGAUAAAGGAGAUUAUUUUGGGGAAAGGGAAGUUUCCAUUCGGUCUGACGUGUUUCACUGUGUGGGGACAGAGGCCCAUCUGUGGAGUUGUCCAGCAAGUACUUUGGGGGCAGCAGCCUGUGCCCUGGGAAAUGCUGCAACUGCUGUUUGCUCAGGCAUGCUCCACACCCUGCGGCUGAGAGAUGGACAGAGUCGCUGCGAUGGAUGCUUGGAGAUAUCCCUGGAUGGGGUUUGGGGCCGCGUCCUGGAUGAUGACUGGGACUUGCGGGUUGCCAGUGUGGCUUGCCAGCAGCUGCCAUGCGGAGGAGCUGAGAGAGCCUACAAUGCGUCUGCCUCAGGCCCUGGCGCUGUGCGGGUGGGGCUGAGUCGAGUGCACUGUCUGGGCACGGAGACCCUCUUGGUCCAGUGCAAAGUGUCCAUAUCUCUGCUGGUGCCUGCAGGCAGCUCGCAGGAUGUGGGUGUUGUCUGUUCAGGUGAGUGGGGCCGUCUGGCUGGAGGACCAGGGCGCUGCGCAGGGCGUGUGGAGGCGCUUCAAGGUGGAUCAUGGGGCACAGUGUGCGAUGACGGCUGGGACCUGCGUGACACCCACGUGGAGGCCCUGCGUGCCCUAGGGUCUGCUUACUUCGGGACCGGGAGAGGGCACAUCUGGCUGGAUGAUGUGGGCUGUGAGGGAAAGGAGCUGGUGCUGUGGCAAUGCCCCUCGGGGGGCUGGACCCGACAUGACUGCGGACACAAGGAGGAUGCUGGCAUCGUCUGCUCAGAGUUCACAACCCUGAGGCUGCAGAACCGCACUGGACCCUGCACCGGGGUGACCGAAGUUCUCUACAAUGGGAUGUGGGGUGGUGUAUGCCAGACUCUGAGCACCACCUCCCUGCAUCUGCUGUGUGUGCAGCUGGGCUGUGGGCCCUAUGGGCAGCCGCACGCUGGGCCAGAGGCCGGCUCACACCUCGGGGCACUGUGGGUAGCCUCUGUGCAGUUCAGGGAGAAGAAGAAUGAUGUUUCCCUGUGGCAGUGUCCUUCGGCCCCCUGGGACCCGCAUUCGUGCUCCAACAGUGAGGAAACCUGGGUGAUGUGCGCAGGAAAGACAGCAGCAGCUCCACAGGCAGCAGUGAACCCCAUGAACUGCUCGGCCACUGAGCCUUGCUCAGGUGUGAGGCCUGUCCCUUGUAGGUCCCCCUGUGCAACACGUCUGGCACCUCCUGACCAGGCCCUUGUGUUCCUAGAGGAGGGCUGGCUGCAUCUCGCUGGCACCUGGGGGACCGUGUGCGAUGAUGCCUGGGAUCUGGAGGAUGCAAACGUCGUGUGCCAUCAGCUGGGCUGUGGCUGGGCAGUCAGCGCCCCAGGGGAGGCCACCUUUGGGCCAGGGUUGGGUCCUGUGUGGCUGGAUGAAGUGGCCUGUGGGGGCCAGGAGAUGUCCCUAUGGGACUGCCCUUCAGCACCCUGGGGGCAUGUGGGCUGCUCGCAUGAGGAGGAUGCAGGGGUCCACUGCUCAGGUCCUCUUGCAGCCCCUACACCUGCCCCUGUGUUAGAGACUGUGCCCUUGAGUCUCUGUAUCGUUGUUUGCACCUUCCUGGGUUUUGUGUCUCUAGUCCUGGUGGUCCAGUGCUGCUUCAGAACUUGCAAGGAUUCUGAAAUGACUGGGAACCCUCCCUCAGAAGGUUUCUGUGAAGACAUUGGAGACAUUCCCAUGGGGCAGCAGAAGUCAGAACCCAGAUGGGAUGAGGUCCUGGAGGAUGAGUAUGAUGAUGCUGAGAAUCCUGGAGAUGGACCCCUGGCGGAGCAGGAGGAGGGAAGGGAUGUGGACGUGGAAGAUGACCAGCAUGAGGGGUUUCAGAAUCCAGUGGGUGUGUAA